GUAGUUGCAGAGUUGUCUAUGUUGGCGUAUUCACUCCAAUGCGCCAUACGGAAAUACUUUGAAUCAAUAAAAUUCCAAAUUGUGCACUUAUGUGCUUAAAUUUUGAGGAGUAAUUUAUUAUUUUUGCAAUGAUGAAUGCGCCUCUGGUAAAAUGGAAGAAGGUUUCUAACUCUACAGGGCCUAUACCGAGACCUAGGCAUGGACAUAGGGCUGUCUCUAUCAAGAAUUUAAUGGUGGUUUUUGGAGGAGGGAAUGAAGGCAUUGUCGAUGAGUUGCAUGUGUAUAAUGCAGUCACAAACCAGUGGUUCAUUCCUGCCGUUCGGGGAGACACUCCACCAGGAUGUGCGGCGUACGGAUUCGUUUGCGAUGGAACAAGACUUCUUGUGUUUGGAGGAAUGGUAGAAUAUGGAAGAUAUUCCAAUGAUCUUUAUGAAUUACAGGCCAGUCGUUGGGAGUGGAAAAAGUUAGUUCCGAACCCUCCCCCCACUGGGCCGAUACCGUACCCAAGACUCGGACACAGUUUCACACUAAUUGGAAAUUUGAUUUAUUUAUUCGGUGGAUUGGCAAAUGACAGUGAUGACCCUAAGACUAAUAUACCAAGAUACCUAAACGACCUUUAUACACUUGAACUUUGCCCUGGGUCAGGGGUCACGGGUUGGAACGUUCCUGCAACCUACGGGGCUGCCCCUCCCCCUCGGGAGUCCCACACUGGCAUAUCUUGGACCGAUGGAGACGGGAUGGCAAAGUUGAUAAUUUAUGGGGGAAUGAGUGGCUGCAGACUAGGAGAUCUGUGGGUUCUGGAUAUUGAUACGAUGACAUGGACCAACCCGAAGAUAGGUGGUGUUCCCCCACUGCCAAGAAGUCUGCAUAGUGCAACACUCAUUAAAGACCGGAUGUUCGUAUUUGGAGGAUGGGUGCCUUUGCUAAUGGAGGAUUUGAAAGCUUUGAGCCAUGAAAAGGAGUGGAAAUGCACCAACACUCUCACAUCUCUCAACUUGAAGACAAGGUCGUGGGAGGCUCUAUCAUUGGAAAUGUUUGACGAGUCUUCCCCAAGAGCACGGGCAGGCCAUUGUGCUGUAAACAUUAAUUCUCGUCUCUAUAUUUGGAGCGGACGUGAUGGUUACAGAAAAGCGUGGAAUAAUCAAGUUUGUUGUAAAGACCUUUGGUUCUUGGAAACAGAAAGACCUGGAGCGCCAUCUAGAGUCCAACUUGUUCGAGCUUCAACAACAACACUCGAGGUUUCAUGGGGCGUCGUCCCGAUCGCUGAUGCUUAUCUUCUGCAAAUUCAAAAAUAUGAUGUCGGUAGUGGACCGCAGAAGGCACAACUGGCAAAAAAAAUUGAAGCAAAACCUGAGGCUACAAGUCUGGUCAACACUGCUCCGAGAUUAUCUUCUACUAUUACAUCACAAUCAUCAGCGUCGCACAUGAGUGGAAUCGCAGCUUUGGCAGCAGCGGCAGCUGCAACACAGAAAAUACCUGCAGUGAAAUCGAUUCCAUUGUCAAUGUUGAGCUCUAUGACUUCACAAGUCAGCACUCCCCAAAUUGCAAAGCCCCAACAAGUCACUAUGCUGCCAUCGAGUAUUAAAGUCAAUCCACCACUACCAACCGCUAUUCGAACAACUACAACAAUAUCGAAACCCCAGUUAACAUUUGUCAGGACCGCUACAAAACCUCUAACACCACCUGCUGGAACACGUCAAUUUAUUACAGUCAAGAAAGCACCUGGCCAGGUGGGGCAGAAAGUAACACAAGUUGUGACCACAGUUAUUGGAGGAGUCACAAAGACAAUAACAUUGGUAAAGUCUCCGAUAACAACUGGAAUGCCGAAGGUCACAGUGAUUCAGAAUCCACAGAACGGAAGCAAAGCGGCCCCGGGAACAUUUGUGAAACUCGUGUCGACCAGUGGGAUGGGAGGAACACCAAUUUCAAUUGUUACACCACAAUCAUCUCAACAAAGCUCUAUUAUCAAAACAAUUCCGAUCAAAGGUAUAACUGGUAACCAAGGGCAACAGAAGAUUGUUACCAUAACAACCAAAGUUCUAUCAUCCUCUGCAAAUACCAAUACGAAUGUUUUGGCAGCAAAUAAAGGGCAGCCGGUGGUCAUCAAGAGUGCAGGGGUCGGCGGAGUGACACCAAUGGUUAUUGGAGCUGAUGGAUUACCAAAAGGAGUAAAAUUGAUCUCAACAGGGGGAGGAGUCCAGAGAUUGGUUGUCGGUUCUCAACUGAAGCAAGAGGAACAAACUACAGCUCUGACCACAACAUCUGUAACUCCAACCACCACUGAAGCAGUUACCAAAGAGGAAUCAAAAGCUGCACCAACAGAAGCAUCAAGCAGCCAGCCUCCAAAAAGUCCUCCACAUGAGACGACAACUACGAAUCAGACAGAUUCUUCCACCACAUCGGUUGCCAAUAGCGAUGCAGACAACACGCAGACGACACCCUCUGGACAAAAUACAACAGUUUCCGAACAAAGCACACUUGCCCCCCCAGAAUGCAAGAGUCCUCCUCAUGAAACAACAACAACAAAUCAAACAGACUCAACAACAACCGCGACUGCUGGUGCCGAUCAGAACACUAGCACGACUAAUACAGUACAGGGAGCGUCAAUGGCCACUGGGACAGUUACAAGUCAACCAGCGUCACCUCCCCAUGAAACUACAACAACUUCGCAAACUGAUUCAACCACAACCAUUGCCGCCGGUAACCUGGAAUCUGGGACCACGGCAACGACUUCAUCUGUACAAGGUGUUGCCAUGGCAUCUCAGCAAAACACGACUCAGCAAUCUUCUUCCAAAGAUGUUCCCAUGGAAACUAGUGACCCUCAAAACAUGACUCAGCAGAUACCAUUAGUGCCAACAUCAUUGCCCGCAGAUUUCAUGUCAGCAGACCAUGGUUCAGCAAAAGAAACCACCGAUAAAGAACAGACACAAGGUGGAGUGGGCAAGCCUGUUGCUAUGGAUACAGCAGAAGCACCAUCUGUGACAUCACAGUCAAUCCGAGCACCGGUGUCAUCUUCUACAGACAGUGUGCCACUAACAGAUAGUACUAUGACAUCACCAUCGCAGAGUGUGAUGUCAUCAAAUCCUAUUUUGACAUCGGCACAAUCCACAUCAUCUUUUACUAACGCUUCGGCCUUAAUGCUCUCUGCUGCAGCUAUGAUAUCUGGAGAGCGAGCGCCCACUACCAAUGUUACCCCUACUCCUCAAAUUACCCCAGCUACACAGCCCCCGACUUCGAUAACAAAUGGUACCCCCACCCCUGUUAAAAAAGAAAACCAGUGGCUGGAUGUAGCAAUAACAAAAUCCACGUCUUUUACGGUCGAUCAUUAUCUUUCUCCUGAUACUGAAGGAGCUCCAACUGAGAAUCUUGUCAUGUUCCCUGAGGAGGGUGGACCAUGGAUGGUUCGUGUUCCCCUUGUUCCAGGGACUGCUUACAAGUUCAGGGUAUCUGCAAUAAAUACGUGUGGGAGAGGUUCAUUCUCUGAAGUAUCUGCUUUUAAAACAUGCUUGCCAGGUUUUCCUGGAGCUCCCUCCGCUAUUAAAAUUAGUAAAUCACAAGAGGGCGCAUCAAUAUCUUGGGAACCGCCAUCGAGUGUUAACGGAGCGAUUGUCGAAUAUUCUGUCUACCUGGCUGUGAAAGGAACAAAUCAAGCUAAACAAAACAAUAUGCAGUUUGUCAGGGUCUAUCUUGGGGAAUCACCUAGAUGUAUAGUGUCACACAACCAGUUAAGUUCAGCUCACAUAGACUGCUCUAGCAAGCCGGCGAUUAUUUUCAGGAUUGCAGCGAAGAAUCAGAAAGGGUAUGGACCUGCGACACAAGUUCGUUGGUUACAAGAUGUAUCUAAAGUUGACACAGCCAGACAAGCCUUCAAGAGAAACCCUGGAUAUGCUGAUAGUGGAACAGUGAAGAAACAGAAAGUUGGCAGUUGAUGAUGUUGUCAUAAAAGUAUUAUGAUGUCACACUCUAUUUACUAUGAUGUCACAAUGAAGAUAAUAUAUUGCAGAUGACAAAGACGAUAAAAAAUAGUUCAAGAACAGAGAAUUUCAUCUCGUAUUUUUUUUACAAUUUGUUGUAUUGUCAUUACUCCCUCUAGUGACAAUAACAUAUAUUUGCGAAGAUGCAAGAAUAGACGAAAUUAUCAUCUCGUAGCGGGCGUUUAUUUUAUUCAUCCCAAUUCAAGAUAUGAACAACACCUAAGCAAUUCAAGAAGCAUUCCGCCAGAGAAAAUCGUCCCCAAAAUCUCUUUUUUAUUAGAAAUGAGUGGAAUAUUACUCUCUUGCUUCAAUUUGUAAUUGAUGACAUUUCCUCGGGACCUGUUGUAGGCCCAGUAAAUAACGCCAUGCUCAUUUUGAAAAACUUCCAGGGACCUUGUUGAGAAACGCUGAUUUGAAAUACUGCUCGAUAAUUCAAAUAGAUUUGUCUAACCAACAUCAGCCUUUUCCUCACUAAACUUUGGUCGGAUUGAACUUAACAGAAAUACAUUUGCGCUGUUGAUAUGUCUGUGUGUAAUGCAAGAAUGAUGUAAUAAAAGUUCAAGAGUCUGCAACUCAAAUAUAUUGCAUUAUGACAUGUUACAGAAAUACAGAGUGUCCAUAAAGUCCCUUUACAAUUUCAAUUUUGAUAUGAAGUCGGUUCUCAAUAUAUCUUAACUAGAUUUGUUGUUUUUUAAUCAGUAAUUGUUUAAGUAUUUUUACUUCAUUUAAUACAUCUGUGAGGGUUAAAACAAUAUAUGGUUAUCGAUGAAUUCCAUUUGCCAUUUUAAGACUUAAUGGACACCCUUUAUGUUUAUGUACAAGAUUCCUGAAUUGCAUAGGAUAGUCAUUUUAACUCUUGUUAUAGCAUCUUUGCAUUAUACACAUACUGACCCACAAGUGCAAAAGGGAGUAUAAGUAAAUAAUUGGUGUUGUGCAACCCCGAUCGAUAUUUCCAAUAAUUUCAUUUUGUUCAUAUUCAUUUCAUUCUUUUUGUUAUAUAGACAGCAGGGAAGACAUUUAUUAUUAUUCUAUUAUUAGUAAGAGUGAGCUGCCUGUAUUUUUCUUGUAAAUAAAUGCUAUGGCCUAUUUGGGAUUAAAUUGGAGAGAAUUUACUUAACAUUUUUUAGGUGUCAAUAUCCUGAUUGUGCUGUCUGCAUGUUACCAGACCAGUGCUCCAAGAGUUGCAGACUUGUAUGUAAAAGAUCUAAAGUGAUAAUUUUUGCAAUGUCAUAAAAUUUAGAUAUUCAUUCAUCUGAAACAAAUAACUGGUGAACUAAUUUCACACCCGACUGGACUGGUAACUGGACAAGAGUCCGUGGUUUGCCAUAUGAUUAAGUCAUUUUCCUCUCUCCGGGGGUUCUCAUUAAUUCAUUCUCGUAUAAUCUUGAAAGAUAACUCCACCCCCAUAUAUGUUGUCUGUCUCUCUCUCUCUAAGGAACCAGAAACACUGGUCCUAACAAAAAUAGUAGUUCAAUGGCUACUUGCCUUCAAAUAUUUGGAUAAGUCUUUCAACAUACUCUCAAACUUGUUUCGAUACAGAGGUGAAAUUAUCAGUAAACGAGAUGAUAAAAGAUAGAAUACGGAGAUAUUGUGCAGGAAACUACUGCUUUAUUGUUAAUAAUUUUGAAAAUGUACAAUUGCUACUGUGGGAAAUAUUUUGAUGAUCCCAGAGUGUUUGUACCACUAUGGGGGUAACUAAUUUUGUUCACCUGUAAAGGAACUGAAACCUAUAUGCAGGGAUAUAUCCACUUGGCUAACACAGAUAGUCAAAUUGAACUAAAAUAGGGAAAAUCGGAAUUAAAUUAUGGCCUAACCCUAACCUGGUACAAAGUACCAAAAAUUUGCACCAGCUUCAGAGCUCUGAUACCAAAUUCAUCGUCAAGAGAAAGGUCCUAACGACAUCCUGCGCAAGUCAAAAAAUAUCAUUUUUUAAAAAUUUAUUGGUAAUAUUCCGGAAUUUAGAUUUUGUCAUAAAAUAAUGAAAAUUGUGAGAUUUACUAUUAGGAGUGAAAAAUGACUGGAGGUGUGUCUUUAUUAAAAAAAUCCAUACUCCAGUUGGUCCUGUUCUUCUAGUGGCCGAUAUUGUACGUGAAACUACUCUGCCUUAUUGUUAUAAAUGUGAUAUUUUGAAAAUGUUCGUUUUCCUCCGUUUCUUUUUCAAACUUUCUUGAGUAAUAUACAGAUUUUUUUCACUGA